CUUAUAAUUUUUAUGGGCGGCCGAGCCCGAGAGCCGACCUUAGCCCUACUUUCCAAUCCUUGCGUCCUUACAAUCCUGCGUCUGCUGCACCGGUUUCUCUCUGCCCUGUCAAAACAAGAACUGGCCACGGCCCUUUGCCGAUUGUUCCGUUCUAACGUCUCGAAAGUUAAAGAAGCUGCACCGCGCAGCUUUUACAACGUGUAGAAACGUUGGAGGUCUCCCCAGUUUAGCUGCGGUUUGUCCGCCGGGCAAUCGGGACCGAGAGUGGACCACCUUUUUCGGCCUGGCCAGGAGAAGUAUUGCCCACUGUAUGAGACUGGAAAUAAUGGGUGUAAAGCAGCCUGUCUUAAUCACAUGACAGUUUUUGAGUCUGAAUCUCAAGAAAGUGGAUAGCUUCUCUGUGAUUUCAGUUCUGCAUCUGUGGAUUGGACGGCCUGCUUCACUUGGCUUAUGAAAGCUGCUAGGGAGAGGACUGGAAGCUGGAUGCAGGCUGUAGUCAAUACUUACUUGAGAGGAGAUAUGAACUUGCUUUGGGAGAAAGAAUCCAUAUUUCAAGCUGACAUCCCGAGUCCUCAGCAGUUACAACUGGUAUCCAUUGGUGCUUCAUUGACAGAGAGCAUAGUAUUAAUGAAAGCUGGAGCCAAGGAAAUUGUCAUCCACCAUUCCAGUCAUCCAAUUUUGUAUCCUGCUUUUUUAAGGAGCUUCAUCACCGAACUUCAAAAUCAUAUCUCUGAAUUUUGACACAACUCUAAAAUAGUUGGUGGACAGGGACAGAGGACCAGGUCACAAAACUUUUCAAAAGCAUCAGGAACUGAACUUGAUUCAAAAACUGAUGGAAGACAACUUUCAUAGGAGAAGGCAUUGAUGAAGGGAAGACCAAGCAAGUGAAAGUAAAAUGUGGAUGUUACUUGCUAAAAACUUGUUAAGGACAAAGCUUUAUGAAGACUGCUCUCGAAUUUUGCUGCGAAUACCAAAGGGCAGGCCGAGUUAUCAGAAGUAUUUUUCAUUGAGCAGUAAACCUUGGCUACCUUCAGCAAGGAUAGUGCAGGCAGUUCAGACCUUUAAUAUCGACACAACUAUCCAGAAAGUGGAAACCCUAGAGAAAAAACAGUUUAUCUGUGUUCGUUGGGAAGAUGGCAGUGAGAGCCUUUACCCUUCAGUGUGGCUACGAGACAAUUGCCAGUGCCCAGACUGUUUCCUACACUCUGCUAAAGCGCGCAAACUGCUUCUGGAAAAUCUAGAUAUCAAUAUCGAGGUGAAGGAUGUCAUUUUGACAGAACAGAAAAAGAAGAUAAAUAUUGUAUGGCCAGAUGACCACACCAGUGAAUUUGAGGCCGAAUGGUUGAAGAAAAGAUGCUUUUCUGACCAAGCUAGAGCUAAAGCACAAGAAGAAUUAUUUUUAUCAGAGCGCCAAUAUUGGGGUUCUGAUCUUGAGCUCCCUACUAUAGACUUUGAAGAGGUAUUGCACAGUGAUGAAAGUGCAUACAAGUGGUUGGUUACUCUUAAAAAGGUGGGAAUUGUGCUACUAACGGGAGCUGCUAUUAAACAGGGAGAAAUUCUGAAGCUUGGGCAGCGCAUUGGAUUCCUUCGCCUCACAUUUUAUGGGCCUACUUGGCAAGUGCAAAACAAAUUGGAUGCCAACAAUGUGGCGUACACAACUGAGAAGCUGAGUUUUCAUACUGAUUACCCUGUUCUACAAUCUCCACCAGGGAUUCAGCUUCUGCAUUGUAUAAAACAAACUUCUACUGGAGGGGAGAGUGAAGUUGUGGAUGGAUUUCAUGUAGCCAAUCGGUUUAAGGAGCAAAAUCCUUAUGCCUUCAAAAUCUUGACCUCUACAUUUGUAGAUUUCACAGACAUUGGAGUUGAUUACUGUGAUUUUGCCAUGCAAGCCAAACAAAGAAUUAUAGAUGUUGAUGAAAAGGGCCAAGUGGUUCGUAUCAAUUUUAACAAUGCAACCAGAGAUACAAUAUUUGACAUACCUGCUGAAAAAGUAAAGCCAUUUUAUGCUGCUCUUAAAGACUAUGUUGGUCUCCUAAAUAGCACGGAUUAUAAAUAUUCAUACAAAAUGAAGCCAGGUGACAUAGUGGUAUUUGAUAAUUGGCGUUUACUUCAUGGUCGGCAGAGUUACCAGGCAGGAGCGGAAACAUCCCGUCAUCUUGAAGGAGCCUACGCAGACUGGGAUGUAGUAAUGUCAAGGCUCCGAAUUUUACAAAAGAAUGUUCUGAGGAGACAGUGCCUUUGAAGCUUGGACUAAGGAGAACUCUUAAUCUUUGCUGGGAUUGGAUGAUUUUUUCCAUAAAGGAAAAUGAACCUGAUAUGUUUUCAGUUUAUUCAGGGCAUUCCUGAAUAAGCUGGGUGUUGUCUAUCCUGUUGGAUAUGCAGAUAAUCUCUUAAACAAGGAAUAACUUGGGUUCUUACAGGUAGUCCUCGACUUAUGUCUGAUUGCUUAGUAACCAUUCAGAGUUA